GGAAAGGGGGGGUCAAGGAGAGGCCUAGUGAGUCUCAAGGCACGUCACAAGAUGGUGCCUGGAGGUUGGAGUCGGGGCGCUGCUGAUCAUGGCGGGGGGGGAUGUGUGCCACUUCCCACCCCACCUCUGGCCGCCCCUUCCUCCCUCCCUUUCCUCCCUAGGAGGACACUUGCAACCUCCAAGAAAUAAAAGCGCAAAGCUGGCUAGGAAGGCUGGAAUCGGUGGGGAGGGGGCUUGUGGGGCUAACCCCCUCCUCCGCCCAAUACAGGAAUCCAUCCAUCUGUCAGUAACUUGGGGGCCGUUGCUGGGGGAAUGGGGUCGGCCGGUUUCUAAAGGCCAGGAGUGUGGGAGGCCAUGGACACAAAAUGGCACCCUGUUGAACUUCUUCAUCUUCCCAAUAUUGCUGCUUUCCUCAAGAAAGAAAGAAAGAAGGAAGGAAAAUGAGCCUGUCUUAUGUGCUUAUGGGACAAUUAUGACUCCCAAGGUGCAAGAAAAAGGAGCCCUUCUUGUGUGACUCAAGCCCAGAAAGCAUAGAUGGGAAUUCCCUUUCUUUUUCUUUCUUUUGGCACAUCCAUAUAACUCAAAGAGUUGUCAAACCCCCCAAUCUUUCCACUGUGUCUUUCUUUUUCUUCUAGAGGAGAUCCAGAAGUUUAACCUGUAUUAGAGAAUUUGUGGGAAAACUCAGUAUUAGCAGGUUGUUUGGAAGCGGGGCCCAGUUUCGGAAGAAACCAGGGAAUGUGGUGGAAUUCUUAAGAGAAAGCUACAUAAGAACAUAUGGGCUCUCUCUUUAGGCUUGGAUGGGUGGGAAGGCAGGAAGCGUGUAGGCUGUAUUAAGAAAAGCCAAGGGAUUAUUUCGUUAGCCUUCUACAAACUGUUCUUGAGAUGAGUGGAACUACAGAGCCCAUCAUGUCUAGAAGAGGCUAAGGAAACCAUGAUGGAAAAUACUGUCCCCCACACUUUUAGAGUGGUCGUUUGACCAGAUAGGCGGGAUAUAAAGUAAAUAAAUAAAUACUAGGGUAAUGGCUGAUUUGCAGUGGCAUGUAUGUAUGACCUUCCUGAUCACAGUCUUGUAAACAAAUGAGGAAGUUGAAAUAGUGUGUUUUGUUUCCUUAUUAAGGAGGCUAUCACGAUGCCUUUCAGACGAAUUUGAGAGAGUAGGAGUAGAUUGUUCAGAAUGUAGAUUCCCAACCUGCCUGUUGGCCUUGGUUGCUGGGGUGUCUGGGAGUUUAACUAGGAGCAGAGUUUGAGAUUGAGUGCUGGUGUUUUCGUGUGAACUAGGAGUAUGAGUUUCCUGCCUCUUUUCAGGCUGCAGGCUGCUUUGAGGACAGACAGAGGUAUGUAUUUGAAUAAAUAAGACAGGGUAAUUGAGGUCACAAUUACAUGAAUUGGGGGUCAGUUGAUUUGAUGAAGGAGGGAAUGAGUGCUACAGUGGUGUGGUGCUCCUCUUGAAGGCUUGCCAAAAGCUAUAUGAGGCUGUGAUCAACUUCUUUGCCCGCUAGAAGCCCUUCUCUAUUAGCAGCUCCUGUGUCUCGGGGUGGAGGGGAGCCCACCCCAUUUGGGCCAGCCAUGGAUCCGGCGUUCCCCAAUCCAUCCCAGGACCCAACCCAAGAAGACGGCAUGGCGGCAGAUGACUUUGACAUUGUGAUUGAGGCCAUGCUGGAAGCCCCAUACAAGAAAGAAGAGGCCCAGCCAGGACCCUCGAAGCCACCCGUCGAUCCCCCCACAGCACAGCCACCUCAGGAGGAGCAAGGAAAGGAAGCAAAGAAAGAGACUGCCCCCAGCAGCAGCGGGGAAAGCAGCAGCAAAAAGAAGAGGAGCAAAAGUCGUAGCAGGAGCCGUGACCACAGACACAGCCGCAGUCGGGACCGGGACCGCCAUCGCCGGCGCAGCCGGGACCGCCGCAGUCGCCAUCGGAGCCGCAGCCGCCAUCGGAGCCGCAGCCGGGACCGGAGACGAGGAGGCAGCAGGUCCCGCAGCAGAGAGCGCCGGCGGGAGGAAAGAAUGCGCUACCGCAGCCCCCCUCCUCCUGGGCGGCGAUUCGGACACAGCAAGAGUCCCCUCUACCGAGAGAAGAGUCCCCUCCGGGAACCUUUGGGCAGCCUUAGCCCAGAGGAGCGUGAUGCCCGCACGGUGUUUUGCAUGCAGCUGGCCGCCCGCAUUCGCCCCCGGGACCUCGAGGACUUUUUCUCUGCCGUUGGCAAGGUCCGUGACGUGAGGAUCAUCUCCGAUCGGAACUCCCGGCGCUCCAAGGGCAUUGCCUACGUGGAGUUCUGCGAGAUCCAGUCCGUACCCUUGGCCAUCGGGCUGACGGGGCAGCGCCUCCUGGGUGUCCCCAUCAUCGUGCAGGCGUCCCAGGCGGAGAAAAACCGGUUGGCUGCCAUGGCGAACAACCUUCAGAAAGGCAGCGGGGGCCCCAUGCGGCUCUACGUCGGCUCCCUCCACUGCAACAUCACCAAAGAGAUGCUGCGUGGGAUCUUUGAGCCCUUUGGAAAGAUUGACAGCAUCGUGCUGAUGCGUGACCAGGACACCGGGCAGUCCAAGGGUUAUGGCUUCAUCACUUUUGCAGAAGCCGAGUGUGCCCGCCGUGCCCUGGAGCAGCUGAAUGGUUUCGAGUUGGCCGGCCGACCCAUGCGGGUGGGGCAGGUCACCGAACGCCUGGAUGGCACCACGGACAUCACGUUCCCCGACGGUGCUGACGAGCCAGACCGGUCAGCCCUGAAUCUGGGCACCACUGGCUCCCAGCUGCAGCUUAUGGCCAAACUGGCAGAAGCAGGUUCUGCGAUUCCUCUCUCGACUACAGCAGCAGCUCAGGCUGCUUUGCAGCUCAACGGAGCAAUACCCCUGGGGGCGCUGAACCCGGCUGCCCUGACAGCUCUCAGCCCAGCACUGAACCUGGCUUCACAGACGUUGGCUUCUCAGUGCUUCCAGCUCACGGGCCUCUUCACCCCCCAAACAAUGUAACGCCACCUGGUUUCCCCCCCUGUCCUCCCUCUCCCACGGAGCCAGGAGGGGAAUGAUCAUCUCCACACCAUCACCUCACCGCCCCCACUGGAAAGGAGGCAGGGGGGAUGAACUCUGAAGGAAACCCUCCGCCUGCUUGGAGAGGGACCUUCUUUAACACGAACUGAUUUUAUUCUGAUUUCCCUCCCACCAUAUACUGGGAGGAGGGGCUGUGUUCUGUCUCUUGGUUCUAGAAUCAUAAUUGGACGGGGGGGUGUAUUGAGCUUGAGAAAGACUGGGGGACCCAUUUCCCCCUGAACGUGGGGUUGCAGCGUCUCUUGUCUCUCUUUUCUUUCUCUCUUUAUUUUUUUCCUUCUGGCAGAGGCCACAUAGGGCCAGCAUGCCGGGAUGUACAUUUGCCAUUCCUUUGUCCCACCCUCUGCUCUCCGACGGUGUGUUGUGGGUAUAUUUGCUAGACAGCUUUCCGAAGUGGCUCUUGGCAGGUGCCGUAUGUAUGUUUUGUACAUAGAAGGGAGAGCGGUGAACCAGCUUUUGGGUGGGAGGCCUGGUCCCGAGGGGAUGCCCCUCCCCCUCCUCCCCAGCCGUGUUUUAUUCUCUCUCCCUCUUCCCGCCCCCAAAGUCUGUAAAGAGGUUGCAUACAAUGUGGGAAUGUCGUCCCCUGCCUCCCUCCCCUCUCCACGCCCAUCCCUUUUUUUCUCAAGUCUGCAUCCUCUUCUUGGUGUUCCCAUUUUCUGCUGCGCCUUCCCUUGGCGUCCCUCAGAUCACCUCUUCCCCCCCCCUUCCAUUCCUCACCGUCAAAGGUGUAUUUGGGUUUUAUUUCUUUUUAUCUCUUUUGGGUUUUAUUUUAUUUUCCCCUUUUUUUGCUUAUAAAUGAAUAAUAAAAGUCACCAAAUGUAAUUGGG